GAGGAAGGGACCAUAAGCUGUGCUCAGCUGUCGUCUGGCAGUACUUGGCAGCCGCUGUGUUGGCAUGUUUUAUUUCUGUGUGUACGUCCUAAUGCAGUGCCACAGUAAGCUAUUAGUGUCUACCUUCACCCUGUCAUGGUCUCGUAAACCAUUAAUGGUAAAGCUGUUCUCCUGUUAUCAUAAAAUCCCAUGUAGACCCUUAGAAGAAUCUACUAAUUUUAUUCAAAUGCUAAACAAAUCCACUAAAAAACACAUUUCUGCUUGCAUAUUGAGAGAAUAGGUCUUAGUAGCUGCAUUUUUGUAAGCAACAAAGCAGGUAGGUUCUAAGUGGGAUUGAAUCUCUAUGUAAUCCACCAUCUGUUGGGCAAUGAGCAUCAUCCCGAGGUGUGUUACACAGCUAAUCUGAUGCCAUUCAAUGCAUCAAGCUGUGGAGCAACCAGCUUUACCUUUAAAACUGUGUUUGUGCCCUUGAGAAGCGGACCGUCCACCUCCUGCGGACAGAUCUGGGCUUCAGUAUGCUGCUAUAUUACAAAACACAGGUUGUUUCACAAAGAAUGGGACAGAAGAAUCAGAAAACAGAAAGCUCCAGCUGUGCUUCUACUGCAUCUCAGCAGACUACUGAAGGCCAGGACGAUCUCAUCCGGCCGAAGAAACUGUUCAACCCUGUCCUGGAGUCUUCCAGUCGAAGAGCUUUACAUCGUGAACUGCUAGUCAGCCACAGAUGGGGUCUCCUGCCUGAAGAGAAGCCAGAUCUGAAGCGGGUGCUGGAACAGAGAAGACUGGAGCAGCACAGAGAGAGAGAACAAGCCUCACAUCCGCCAUCUGACUUCGAACAAGAACUGCACAAGAGACGCCAGAGACUCCUGGCUGUAGGUGUAGAUCUCAGUUCUGUCAUGACAACUUUCGGAGGGACUGGGAUGUACGAGCAGGAAGAGCUGAGACACAGAGAGGACCUACAAAACAUGCCAGAGUUUGUUCGAGUGCGGGACAACCUGAGACACAUCACCAUCACAGGCUACUGAACCAACAGAAGAACUACGAAAACAAUAAAAUCCAUUUUCUCAAAGAAUUGCUUUUUGUUCUGUCAGAGGGAAUCAUUAUCAUCAGCAUGAUUCAGUCAUUUUGUGUUGUUCUCUCUCACCGCAACCAAAUCUGAAAUGGCUUUUAAAGGGUUAGUUCACCCAAAAAUGAAAAUUAGCCAAUAAAUUACUCACCCUGAAGUCAUCAUAGAUGUAUAUGACUUUCUUCUUUCAGACGAAUCCGGUCAGAGUUAUAUAAAAAAACUGUCUUUGAUCUUUCAAGCUGUUUAAUGGCACUCAGUGGGUGUUGCAGUGCAUCAGUCCAAAAGAAAUGAAAUAAAAAGCGCCCCUCCUUAACAAAAAGUGUCUCACACGGCUCCGAGGGGUGAACAAAGUCCCCCUG